GGGUAAUAACUAGUAAAAUGACAGAAACUAUACAUAUAAAUCGAUAAAUUUAAGUCUUAACUUGAAAGAAAUGGAAAUACACUCUGCAAAUUGUAUAUUUACAAAACGUAAUUCAUUCUUAUACAACUUUGGACCAUAAAAUUAUUGUUUUUUGUUAAAUUGCCUUGUACUUAACUUCCAGCUGCUCCUGUUUUAGUUGAUUUAUUUGUUUUUAAACUUUAAACUAGCUGCUAAUUUUUAAUAUUUGGACAUGAAACAUCAGUUCUGUGUUGUUAAAUUCCAACCUGUGAAGCUCAUAUGGCUCAAACAGACAGAUGAUCUUCCCUGCAGUCGUUUGUCUCAGAUAAAAGGAGUAAAUUGUGGCAUGAAGUCCGACUAAACGCUUCAUCUCUGAGGCGUUCACACACCCAGAGAUGAAGCUGAUAGACUGGAAGGUCCACAUAAACACGUUAGAAGAUGAAGAAGUUCUGCAGAAGUGUUUGUUUUUGCUACACAUAGAGUUUUAUGUAAUGUUGAGAGCUUCCUGUCUGGACUAAAUGUUCAAUCAUGGAUCUGGGUUUGUUUAUGUGCAAGAAGGAGGGAGAUAGAAAUCACCAGAGGCAGCCAGAGAGAGAUGAGAGGGAAUGAAAAGAGAUGAGAUUCAGCCAGAGGACAGAAAGUAGAGGAAACAUGGACGUCCUGGCAGCUCGAGGCUCGCUGUGGAGCUCAGCGGUCGGCCUGCUGAGGGAGAACGCUGCCUUCCAGAGCUUCAGCAGGAGCUUCAGCAGGAGCUUCAGCAGGAGCUUCAGCAGGAGCUUCAGCAGGAGCCUCAGCAGGAGCUUCAGCAGGAGCUUCAGCAGGAGCUUCAGCAGGAGCUUCAGCAGGAGAACCAUGUCGUCUCCAGAGAUGUGCUGGCCGGUGCCGAUGCGAGCCAUCGGGGCUCAGAACCUCCUCACCAUGCCGGGAGGAGUUUCCACCGCAGGAUACCUGCACAAGAAGGGAGGCAGCCAGUUCAGCCUCAUGAAAUGGCCUCUGAGGUACAUCAUCAUCCAUAAAGGCUGUGUUUACUACUUUAAGAGCAGUACCUCUCCAGCACCACAGGGGGCGUUCUCUCUCAACGGCUACAACAGAGUGAUGAGAGCAGCAGAAGAAACGACAUCCAGCAACGUUUUUCCUUUUAAAAUCGUCCAUUUCAGUAAAAAACAUAGAACGUGGUUCUUCUCAGCUGCCAGCGAAGAAGAAAGGAGGAAAUGGAUGCGAUACCUGCGAAGAGAGAUUGAUCACUAUAACGACAGAAAAGAUUCACAGAUUCCAAGUGACUCAGAUUCAGAUGCAGACAGUUUCUACGGCACCAUUGAGAGGCCCAUGGAUAUUAAACAUCCUGUCGACACCACCGACGAUGAUUAUGUUGAGGAAGAUGAGGAUGAAGACGAGGAGGACUAUCUGAAGCCGGACGGUGACUGUUCGCCAACAUCUACAGGUCGACCCGCAGGACCGCCUCCUUCCUAUCCUCCUCCCCCAGUGCCGACAGCAUCCCGCCAAGACUCCAGUCCGGGACCUUUCCACAAAGGUCUUCCUCCUCCCAUCCCACAACACAGAAUCCCCACCAGCCCACUUCCGAAGAAACCUCCGCCUUCCAUCCCACCUCCUUCCGUACCAAAAGACUUCAGCAGAGGCCUUCCACCUCCUCUGCCUUUUGCCCCCCAUCUACAAAAGCCGUCUUCUACCAGUCCUCCGCCACCUCCUCUCCCCAACCAGAGGAAGCCUCUGCAGACCAGGGCGACCUCCGUGGGGGGGAUCGGAAAUGACAAGAGUAGCUGGAGGGCUCUACCGCCGGUGUCCAUUCAGUCACCGGCCACUCUGCCCAUCUGUGACCACUUAGAGACCAGGAUGGCGCUAAAUGGUCCGGUUCAUCUCUCCCUUAAUGCCGGAGGAAGCCAGUCGCUGGCAAACAACCACCUCCGCAGCAAGCCGAGUUUACCGCCUGCGCGAUCCACAAGCCCGGUAGGGUCCACGCUGUCCCUCAACCACACACCGUCCAGUCAUCCCUCGCCAUCUGGCCACCCUCCACUCUCUCCACUGCUUAAAGCUGGACUGCACAAUAAGCUGGUGAUACACAAACCACCUCCACCGACAGCCAAACCGCCGGUGCCUGGAGCCAAGUCCAAGCCGUCAGGAACACCACUUCAAGCAUCUCCAGACGGACAGAGUUUCCGCUCGCUGGGAGACGAGACGCCUGCAGAGUUCAGGAGGAAAAAAGACACCAUCAAACCCGGCGGAGGAGACAAUUCUGACGAAGACUACGAGAACGUUCAGCUUCCAGACUCGGUGUUCAUCGACUCAACUGAAACCAGCGUCGUAGAAAAGUUAUUCAGAGAAAGCUCUGCUUCUCCACAGGACGGACUCUACGGCAUCAGGAACUCUGGAACCAAAACGGCAAAGGUGCUGGUGGUUUGGGACGUCAGUAUCAGCAAAGCCAGGAACUACAGACUGUUUGAAGAGGACGACUGCACAUAUCUGGAGAGCGACCUGACCUUCCCCAACCUGCCGGCUCUGAUUGAACACUACUACAGCCAUCCUCUUCCUCACCACGGCUCGCUGUGUCUGCAGAAGCCCUACGGAACCUGAGGCGCAACCAGAGCAGGAAAACCAGUAACUCUGCAGCUGGAAUCCGUCUCUCCGUGGACGUAUAAAAACUCACACCGGUUAACAAGCUGCGACAGGAGACAUCUCACUGUUCAGUGGGAAGAAAACAGCAUUUUAAACUUUUUCUGCAACAUAUUUAAGACAAACUAGACUCCUAUCUUGAUAUAUUAACUAUUUUCUGUGUGCUGAAAACACAACAUCUUUUAAAUUAUUAAUAAUAGACUGCAGUUGUGGCAGAAAACCUUUCAAAAAAAAAAAAAACCUCUAACAUCUGGGUUCAUCUACCAUUUCUGCUGUUUUAUGCAAACUGAAGAUGUGGUCUAUUCUGUCCACAGAGGGGCGCUGUGACACCAAAAUGCCUGCUUUUACUUCAACAAAAAUCUAUAUUUCCACUCUAGUAGGACCAGCUGUGCAACCUUUUAGUUACAUUUUGAUGGAUUUCAAGCUAUUUUGAACAAAUAUGGAUGAUUUUGGACCAAUCUUGUGUCAGCCUGGACAAUUUGACAACUUUGACAACUUGUUUUAUACAGAUUUUUAAAAAUUUUGGACACAUUUUGACUUAUUUUAGGGCAAAUUUGGACCAAUUUUAUGCCACUUUGGACAGUUUUUCAACUUGGUUUGUACAGAUUUUGAAUAAUUUCUGGCAUAUUUCGAGUUAUUUUGGGCAAAUUUGGGCCAUUUUGGACUAAUUUUAGUCAUUUUAGUCAAAUUUUGAGUCAUUUUUGGACAAAUAUUGAGUCAUUCUGGGCAAGUUUUAAGCUUCUAUGAUAAUUUUUAUUAGUUGUAACACACAUCAUUGUACUAUAUGUACAACAGACAUUAUAUCAUUUUUAAAUUCUAUUUGUAAAAAGAUAUAUUUAAUGUUCUGCAUUAAUAAUAGCAGUUUCAUCAAGAUGAAUGGAUUUUUAUUUAAUAUAUAAAAGUCUACGAGGGCUGGGCCAGAACUAUGUGGACAUAAAUAAUGAUCAUGGUGUCAUAAAUGUAACUUUUUUAUGUCUUUAAAUUAUAUCUAGUCCUAAAAACAUGUAACAGCAUUUAUUGCAGCAGAACUUACUUAAUAAGUACUUUUUUUUUCAGUUUUUCUUUAUUUUCUCACCACGUACCAAAAAAUAAUUCCAGUAUUUUUAUAAAAAUCUUUUUUCUGCUUUAUUAUCAGGCAACAUGUGUUUUGUUUGUGUCCAAAAACUAUAAUUAUGACUGAUGCUUGCAAACUACACUAGAAAAAUUCCUCUUUUUCAGGUUUCUAAAGUCAAAACUGUGGCAUUUUUUUCUAAUUUGGUGACACUGAAAUUAGACAAACGUUCGCUCUACGGGGCUGCAAGUCUUUGAAAAGUGGAAAACAUCUCAUUUAUUUACAGAAAAUCAAAACAAACUAUGACUGAUGCCACAUGUUUAACUGAAAAAAGUCCUUUACUUCUACAGAUCCAGUUUGUGCAGCUCUGACUGUAAUCCUGUAAAAUGCUUUUCCAUAUUUAUAUGUAAAUGUUGUACUUACUGUAAAAGACAUGCUUGUACAAAUGUAAAUAUAUUAUUUUCUACAGAUUUAUACGUUGAGAAUACAUAAAAGAUUACUUCAA